AUGAAGUGGUUCGCAGUCAACAACUUCUUCGAAACCCGCCGACCGAUUUAUCGGAUCAUGCAAACAUUCUGCCUGACCUCACUCACGGUCAAUUUUCAAGACUUGACGGCGGAACAGACCGCGACCGAUAAGCUGCGCUUAAUCGUUGGACUGCUUUUGUGCAGUCUGACGUUGGUUCUCGGAUAUGGUAACUAUCAAAGCCAGCUGCAGAAUAUGAGCGAUUCGUACAUAAUGAUACAAGGCCUGCUCGGGACGAUGGUUGUCCUUGUUUGUUCCCUGAUCACCAACAUCAUCGCAAACUACGUAAACGGAUCGAGAAUUUUCCGCUGUAGUGUCAAUGUCAACAAGUUUGACCAACAGCUCAAGUUGAAUUUUGGACACCGAUGGAAUUAUCAGCAAGAGCAUCGCAUUGGGGUCGCACUAAUCGUGUUCGGUUACCUCGAAUGGUUCAUGUUGGCGUUGAAUAUGAUGUACGGUCGAAGGUUUAGGCGUGACUUAGAUCGGCACAUCUCGAUUACUGGCCCCGCGCAAAAUCCACUGGCAGCCCGGGACUCAAAAACUCGCUGUCGGAUAGUUCGAAAAUUUGCCCUUCUACAUAAUCAGCUGUGUGACACCGUGGAGUUGAUCAACCGUUGUUUCACCGUACACGCGACCGUGGCCUUGGCAACUGCUUUCGGAUUCACCGUAUUCUCCCUAUUCGGACUAGUUCACUCGUAUGCGACCCAAGCAAGCAAGCAAACGAUGGCGUUAGCCUGGUCGAAUAUGGCGUACGAUGGAUUCUAUUUGACCUUCAUUGUUCAGGUGGUAGUACUCUCCGGUUUAACCCACAGUGAGUGUACUCGCACCUCAGUAUUGAUCCAUAAAAUCGUCAGUUAUAGAUCAUGCGAUCGAAAAACUUUAAAGGAAUUGCGAAUGUUCUCUCAACAACUGUGGCAUCAUGCUCCGAAAGUAUCGUGCAGUUUAUUUGAUUUCGAUUGGCAGCUCUUCUACACGAUUGUUGCUUCACUCACCACGUACCUUGUCAUAUUGGUUCAAUUUGAUUUGGUGAAUUUCAACUACACGUAACUGUCAC